AUGGCCGACUCCCGUGAGCUUGAUUCUGCUUGGAUUAUCAUCAGCUGUUCAGAAAGCCAUGCUGAUGACAUAUCACGUCUCGAAGCGAACAAAAACCAUAUUAUUGUAUACGAAGAUCUGCCGCUGGAUGGGCGUGAUACGACCCCGUUCGGAGACGAACAGCGUGUCUAUUUUGGUCUUCGCCCUCGAAAAGAGCCUUCUUACCUCUUCGGUACCGGUGACAAUGUGUCCUUCCAGCUGACGGAAGCCGGCGCAGGCCGUAGACUGAGAGUCAGCAACGCACAGUUCUGUCUGAAAUUCAACCAUCACAAAUCAUGGAUGCUUGUGGAUCUCUCCACCAAUGGGACUUGGGUCGAGCAAGAUUUAGUGGUGUCAGCCAGAGCACGCCAUUGUGCUUUAUCCACAGGCCACGCCAUACAGAGUCAAUAUGACCGGCUCGCCUUGCAUCCUGAGAAAUGGAACCUUAUUACUGCAGGAAAAAUACAGUUUCAGAUCAAAAUGGGCAAGGCGAGGCCGUCGUCUUAUGUUGCCGAUGAUGGCAAGCAUGAUCUCGAUCUUCUUCAUCUGCAAUUCAAUCCGAUAUCGAUGACACCUUCCGUGCCCAUGCGACCUGCUUUUGUUGAUCAAGUCGCAUCCUGGAAGUUCCACCGCACCAACAGCUACACAUCUGGAACAUCAUCCAGAACGAAGCUGCUGGUAAGAAAAUCCACCGGACAGCGCGUUAUCGGGAAGGUAUACGACAAAAAAGAAUCUGAUGCCGCGCAACGGCGUUAUGAUGCACUCUUCGAAAUCCUCAGCGCAGGAAGCGAGAAAAAUCUGAUCCCUUUUCUGGAGUCUGUGGAGGAAAAUGGCCAUACAAUCAUAUCAGAAUAUUUCGUCGCGAGACCACUGAAUGAGCUUAUCGAGAAAGAGCUUACCCCAUACCCUUUCGAACUCAGCUUUAUCUUUGCACAGAUCAACCGCGCGGUUACCCACCUCCACUCCAAGGGGAUUAUACAUGGCAAUAUCAGACCGGAAGUAAUUUUGGUUGCUCGUGGAUCUCCCUUCACCUCACGCUUAACUGGAUUCUCGGAGGCAAUUUGGACAGGUUCUGGUACAGAGGUGAUUGGACAUCAUGACUACCGCGCUCCAGAAAUGAACGGCUGCCAGAACUAUGACCAGCUCGUUGACGUCUUCUCCCUCUCAAAGGUCAUGCAACAUUGUCUGGCCAUUCACGACGCCUCGGACACACUGAUGGACUCGACCGUCCAGAAGGGCCUUGCUGUCGACCCGGUCAAGCGUCAUAGGGCAUCGCAGAUCCAGGAAGAGAUCGAUUCGACGGCGGACGGCGACUAUACAUGGCCCUUUGAACCAGUCAAGCUCAAACGACGAUUCACAGUGGCGUGGUACCAUGAAUACAAUGAUACCUACAUCCGGCUGUCCGACCUUUAUCCGUUGCUUCAGUCGUUGGCAGACCCCUAUCGUGCGAAAGCGAUCUCGCCCAUCGUCAAGCCCAGAUAUAUUGACGAUCCGAACUUUCCCGGCGAAUACUGUAAAUUGGUGUAUGGGGAAAAUCUUUUCGUUGCAUGCGGAGUUGGCUACUCUUCGGGAAUUUUAAAACCUCAAAACAAAAAACAGGGAGUCUUCAGCGGAUACGUGGAUCUCAAUUUCGAGGUCUUCUAUCACAUCGCCUCACAGAUGUUCAACGUGACAACGCUCCUCAGAACAGUGCCUCUCGAGCUCGCCCGGGUCGCCACUUGGGAUAUUGAGCCUCAGAUACAAGAGGUGCAUGGAGAUAAGUAUUGGGAAGGCAACUACAUUGAUCGGCCAAGCUUUGAAAAGGUUCUUGAGCGAGUUCAACAGACCACGAAGACGGGAGUCCUCCUGGAUCAUAUAACGUUGGAUGACCAGAGAGCGCAUACUCGCUUUGCUACCGUCGAUUACUCGAAGGCGGUCAUUGUGGUGACUAAGUGGGCGAGUCCGCCGUGGGUUACUCUCAGCAGAGAGAAAGCGAAGAAAUCAUUUGACGGCAACCAUUUUGGUUCAAAAGAUGAUUUACAGGAGUGGUGUGCGACAUAUGGGCUUCAGAGCGUUCUCGACCGUGUCAAUCUAACUAUUGGCCACCAUCCUAUUCCUCGGGAUUGGAAGAUUGCACCAAGACUGGCUUUGCCACCCCUUGGUGACGAUGACAUGACGUCCAUUCUGUCCUCACAUUCUUCCACAGCUUUUCGUUGGAAAAGGUGA